AUGUAGCUGAAACCAAUAUAGUUGAAGUAGAAGAUGUUGAAGAAGUAGAUGUAGCCAAAACUGAUGUAGUUGAAGUAGAAAAUAUUGAAGAGGUAGAUGUUGUUGAAGAAGUAAAUGUAGUUGAAGAUUUA